AUGGCUAGUUCUAAGAUCACACCGGUCACUGAGUGGCCAGACUAUUCUGUCGACCCGACCGGUGGUGAUCCUUUCACCAAGGAUUUGAAUGCACCAUAUGAUAAGGCAAUAUGCACGAUCCUUUGUUGGCAGAUUACACCCGCCAUCGGCUUCCUGUAUGCGGGUAUGCAUCGCCGAAAGGCUGCCUUGACAAUGGUCCUGCAGUCUCUCUUCUGCGCCUGCGCGGUCGGUAUCCAGUAUUGGAUCUACGGUUAUUCUCUUUACCAAAGUCGUACUACAAACCCGAUCCUCGGUGAUCUUUCACUGGCGGCUUUCCGCAACGUCCUUGCUCAGCCGUCGCUCGCGAAUGGCGAUAUCCCUGAGCUUCUCUAUGCCGUCUUUGGUGUUACUUUCGUGACAGCAACUGCCAUGAUCUUGGCUGGAGCUAUGUUGGAGAGAGGCAGACUUUGGCCUAGCAUGGUCUUCCUUCUCUGCUGGACGACAUUUGUAUACUACAUCCUAGCAUACUGGGAAUGGAACCCAAGCGGAUGGCUCUACAAACUCGGCCUCUACGAUUUCGCCGGCUCAGGACCCGUUCAUAUCGCGAGUGGCUUUGGAGCCCUUGCUUGGUCAAUGAUGCUAGGUCCUCGAAUCCCCGAUGCCACUGUUACCGACCGAAAGAAAGCCGUGCAUUACAAACCUCACAACCCGUUGCUUAUGUGCUUCGGCACUGUGCUUAUCUGGUUUGGCUGGUUCGCCUUUAACGGCGGUAGCACAGCCAACCUCAGUCUUCGAUCGAUCUAUGUUGUUGUCAAUACGAACAUGUCAGCAUGUGCUGGUGGUUUCGGCUGGGUUCUCCUAGGAUACCUGCACACACGCAAGUUUAGUCUUGUUGGAUUCUGCUCUGGAAUCAUCGCGGGACUUGUUGAUAUCACGCCUUGCGCAGGUUACACACCCAUCUACGUGGCACCAGUUAUUGGUCUGGUUACUACUGUCGGCUGCUUCUACACUGUCAAGUACAAGUACCUCCUUUCGAUCGAUGAUGGUCUGGAUAUCUUUGCCAUCCAUGGAAUUGGAGGGUUCAUCGGCGAUAUCUUGACAGGUCUCUUCGCAGCCAAGUUUGUCCCCGCCCUGGACGGAGUAUCUGGAGAUUCAUAUGCUGGAGGAUGGUGGGAUGGCAACUACAAGCAGAUGGGACUGCAAUUGGCUGGUGCUACUACUUGUGCGGCCUGGUCCUUUGUCAUCUCCUGCUUGCUUCUCUUCGUCAUUAACAAGAUCCCUGGGCUGCAUCUUAGAGCCAGUGAGGAGCAUGAGAUCCGAGGUCUCGAUUUCAAGUACCUCAGCGAUGUUGAAUGGGAGGACCACUACAUGAAUGGCGGCAUUACCCCCUUUAUGGAAGGUACACCAGUCAGGGCUGUAACACCUCAGGAAGUCGUUGAACCGAAGAAUGAAGAGAGGAAGAUGGAUUAG